AUGGUUCAAGGAGCCUUAGAUGACGAUUGCUAUCAAAAAUUUUAUCCAGGAAUAGUAUCUGAACUAUUAUUAGAAAAUUUAAUCAAAUUGGUACAGGAUACCAAUAAUAGACCAACAAAAGAUGGUGCUCAUCAUGGAACGUUGUAUACAAAACCUAAUGGACAACAAAUCGACUCAUCACAUCGUUAUUAUCUUAUGAAAGAACCUAACUUAACCGAAUUCAAUUUAUAUGUAAGGAUUCGAAAAGAAAGAAAUGUAGGUAAAGUCUCUUAUUUAUUAUUUUAUCUGUUUGGCGUUCACUAUGAAUUGGGAAAGCUGGAACAAGUAAGUUAUUAUCGUAUUUAUACAAAUGAAGCUGAAGUUAAAAUAUUGGUUGGAUAUGGUUUGAAGUAUUUGAAACAACCAGCAACAUUACCCAUAGUUGCAGAUUACCUCCAAUUUACAAAAGAUUCAAAAUAUUUGAUUGCUCGUGAAAGAUGUGAAUUCAUAUCUCGUUUAUUAAAUAAUAACGUUGCAGCAACGAGAAACAGUUCAAAGAUUAAUUACGAUGUUACAAAAUUAGGAACUCGACAACAACAACCACAAAAACGUCCAAAAGCACAUGUAGCAACAGCAACAGUCUCCACUUACACAUCAGCACCGACUAGUCAACCACGGACACAAAAACAAGUUUAG